AUGAUCAAUAACGAACCUUUCUCAUCCGCCGACUCAGCUUCGAUUUUAACUACGUCUACAUCAAAUAACUCCUUAAUGUCUUACAAUCACCAGCCUCAACUAUCUAUUAACUCUGUCCAAUCACUCUUGGAGCCCGUGACUCCUCCGCCUUUGGGCCAGAUGAAUAACAAGAGAAACCACCAAAAGGCUCAUUCGCUUGAUCUCUCGGGUUUCAAUCAGUUUAUAUCGUCUACCCAGUCUCCCUUAGCCUUGAUGAGUAAUAACACAUCAACGUCAAAUUCUGCCAAUGCAUUCUCUCCAAAUUCUAAUGCCGCUAGUAACUCUGCUGGUCUUUCAGGUUCAAUGACCAACCCUCCAGCUAUUCUUCCAUUGAUAAAUGAGUUUGAUCUGGACAUGGAUGGAUCCAAGAGAAAGUUAAGCAAUGAUUUUGGCGGCGUCGCCCCCACCAACGCUGGUGUCAAUACUUCAAGUUUAACUAUGGACACACCAUCUACUUCAGUGACGCCUGCAGCAUCUCUCAGAAAUUUUAGCAACAAUAAUAACGCUGCAUCCAAGUCUGGAAUGGAUAAUUCAUCGUUUGGCUUGAGUAGCUCUACAUCUUCAUCAAUGGUCGAAAUUAGUGCACUCCCCCUCAGAGAUUUGGAUUAUAUCAAACUUGCCACUGAUCAAUUUGGUUGUCGUUUUCUUCAAAAGAAAUUGGAAACACCCAGUGAAUCUAAUAUGGUGAGGGACUUGAUGUAUGAACAGAUUAAGCCUUUUUUUUUGGAUCUUAUCUUAGAUCCAUUCGGUAAUUACUUAGUUCAAAAACUGUGCGAUUAUUUAACUGCUGAGCAAAAGACAUUAUUAAUACAGACAAUUUAUCCAAAUGUUUUUCAAAUAUCUAUUAAUCAAUAUGGAACUCGUUCUCUACAGAAAAUUAUAGAUACUGUUGAUAAUGAAAUUCAAAUCGACCUUAUUAUCAAGGGGUUUUCUCAGGAGUUUACCUCCAUUGAGCAAGUGGUCACUUUAAUAAAUGAUUUGAAUGGUAACCAUGUGAUUCAAAAAUGUAUUUUCAAAUUUUCACCAUCAAAAUUUGGUUUUAUCAUAGAUGCUAUCGUAGAACAAAAUAAUAUUAUCACCAUUUCUACUCACAAGCACGGUUGUUGUGUUUUACAAAAAUUACUAAGCGUUUGUACUCUACAACAAAUCUUCAAGAUUUCGGUGAAAAUUGUGCAAUUUUUACCUGGAUUAAUCAACGAUCAAUUCGGUAACUAUAUCAUUCAAUUUUUAUUAGAUAUCAAGGAAUUAGACUUCUACUUGCUGGCUGAGUUAUUCAAUCGUUUAUCCAAUGAAUUAUGUCAAUUAUCUUGUUUGAAAUUCUCCUCAAAUGUUGUGGAAAAAUUUAUUAAGAAACUGUUCAGGAUUAUCACUGGAUUCAUUGCUAAUAAUAGUCGAGGAAACUCACAGAGGGGCUUAGUGGCCUCUGAUGAUGUUAUAAAUGCUUCCAUGAACAUACUUUUGACUACUAUUGAUAUUUUUACCGUCAACUUAAACGUUUUGAUCAGGGAUAAUUUUGGUAAUUAUGCGCUGCAAACACUGUUGGACGUUAAGAACUAUUCUCCUUUGCUCGUAUACAACAAAAAUGGGAACACAAAUGGGCAAAAUUCCUCUAGUACAUUGAAUUACGGCAAUUUUUGUAAUGAUUUUUCAUUGAAGAUUGGUAACCUGAUUGUUCUCACCAAGGAGCUACUUCCAAGUAUUAAGACUACGUCUUAUGCGAAGAAGAUCAAGUUGAAAGUCAAAGCUUAUGCAGAAGCUACAGGUAUACCAUUUACUGAUAUAUCUCCUCAAGCCAGCACAAUGAAUCAUAACAGUUUUCAAACGAUCAACAACGAAAACAAGAAUCCAAAUAAUAAAAAUAGCCAUAACCAUAAUCAAAGUAAUCAAAAGAGUCAUACUCGUCAUUUCUCCUUGCCAGCUAAUACCUAUCAUAAAAGGAGUAACAGCUCUGUGGCAAAAAAUUUCUCAAACCAAUAUGCACAAGAUCAAAAAAUUCAUUCCCCACAACAAAGUAUGCAUUUCAAUCAAAACGCAUAUCCCGCAUUGGGGGCUCCUUCUUUCAGUUCUCAAACUAACCCACCAUUAGUUAGCCAUAAUUCACUACAAAACUUUGACAAUCGUCAGUUUGCAAAUUUAAUGGCCCAACCAAAUUCUGCUACGCCAAUCCAUUCAUUUUCGUCAUCCAAUAUUGCGACUUCAAAUGCGUCUGUUCAAAGAGGAUUCAAGCAGUCCGGAUUUACGAUGAAUGACACCGAUAAAAUUAACGGUAAUCAAUUUUCGCCAUAUUCUAAUGCUAAUAGCCAGAACUUUGGCGAAGCAUUUGUGCCAAGAAUGCCAUAUCAAACGGAAAGUGCUAAGUGGGACUCGAACGUAUCAAUGAAUCCUCAACACAUGGGUCAAGGCCCCUACAAUCAAUUUAAUUUCGGUCGCAACGCCAGUGCUUCCAAUAUGCCAACCAUGAAUACCGCUAGAACGUCUGACGAGCUUCAAUUCACUUUACCAUAA